AUGGCGGCGUCGAUUCCAUCAUCAAUGCUAGCUGUGACGCACAGGCCGUCCAAUAACAACAACAAGGCGCUCGCGCUCGAGACGCUGCCCGUCCCCGUCCCCGCGGGUCCAGAGGAGCACCUCAUCCGCGUCCACGCCGUGGCCAUCACCAACGGCGAGCUGCGCUGGCCCCAGCCGCGCCAGCCAGCCGACCCCGUGCCGGGCUACGACAUGGCCGGCACGGUCGCCGUCGCGCCGCCCGAGUCGCCCUUCCCCGUCGGUUCGAAGGUCUACGCGCGGACCGCUUUCGAGCGCCAGGGCAGCGCGAGGACCUACUCUAUCGCGCUGACGGGCGAGCUGGGCCUCAUGCCCCGCGGCAUAAACCCGGCCGAGGCCGCUGCGGUGCCACUGUCGGCGCUGACGGCGUGGCAGGCCCUCUUUGUACACGGCGGGUUCGGCGAGCCGGCGCCGGCGCCAAGCAGCGGCACGGGGGCGCCGGGCACCCAGGGAAAGAGCGUGCUCGUCACGGCCGCGGCGGGCGGAGUUGGCAUGUUUGCCGUCCAGCUCGCCCGCCUGGCGGGCGUCGGGCGCGUCGUCGGGACCUGCGGGACCACCAACGUCGACUUUGUGAGGGGCCUCGGGGCGCACGAGGUGCUGGACUACCGCGCCGGGCCGGGCUACCUCGCGGCGCUGGGGGACGAGAGGUUCGACCUGGUGCUCGACUGCGUGGGCGGGGGGACGCUGGCCGAGGCGUGGAAGCUCGCCAAGUCGCACGGCGUGGUUAUCAGCGUCGCGGAGCCGGCCGAGGCGAAGCGUCCGGCAUCCGGGGUGGCCGAGGGCGUGAGGACGCUCUGGUUCAUCGUGGAAGCGAACAGCGGUCAGCUGGGGAGGAUCACACAGUUCAUCGAGGCAGGGAAGCUUAAGACGGCCAUCGAUUCCGUUUACCCAUUCGACGAGUUUGAACAGGCUUUUGCAAAGGCACACAGCGGACAUGUAAGGGGGAAAGUGGUGUUGGGCAUUGCCGAUGAUGUCUGA